AUGGCGCCCGGGGUUGGGGGCUAUCGCCAGAUCAACAAGGCUUUGAAUAUAUGUGCAUUUGAGGAUUAUCUCGAAAGCCAGCAGACACGGUUGCCCGAGCUUUUGGACGUGGAGCAGCUCAGCCCGCGUGUCAUUCGAGUUCUCGGCCAGAAUCCAGGAAAGUUCACACUCCAAGGGACGAAUACGUACAUAAUAGGCACGGGCAGGGAACGUCUCAUUAUCGAUACGGGCCAGGGCAUCCCCGACUGGGCGGACCUGGUUUCAGAGACAUUAUCCCACGAAAAGUUCGAACUUUCGCACGUCCUUCUCACGCACUGGCACGGAGAUCAUACGGGUGGCGUACCCGAUCUCAUCCGCCUGUACCCCAGCCUAUCACGAUCCAUCUACAAACACACGCCUAGCAAGUCACAGCAGCCCAUCAUCGACGGCCAAAUAUUCAAAGUCGAGGGCGCCACCAUACGCGCGGUCCACGCCCCGGGUCACUCAACUGACCACAUUUGCUUCGUGCUCGAGGAGGAGCAGGCCAUGUUCACGGGUGACAACGUGCUGGGCCACGGUACGGCGGCUGUCGAGCACCUCAGCACCUGGAUGGGAACCCUGAGACAGAUGCAGUCCCACGGCUGUACAACGGGUUAUCCGGCGCACGGCGCCGUCAUACCAGACCUCAACGCCAAGAUCGCGUGUGAGCUCGCGGGCAAGGUGCGGCGUGAGCGCCAGGCGUUGCAGGCGCUGCAGCAGACACCCAAAGACUGCGGGCACGGCAGGGGAAGGCUUACGGUAAAGGACCUUGUGACGAGUGUGUAUGGGGAUCAGAUGGAUACCGGAGUUAGAGAGAUGGCGCUUGAGCCCUUUAUGGAUGAGGUGCUGAGGAAGUUGGCAGAGGACGGCAUGGUGGGAUUUGAGAUGAGAGGAGGUGUCAAGAAGUGGUUUGCGGUCAUGUGA